CCGUGCUGUGGACUGUGGUGUGGUGUGUGUGAGGAGAGGUAGGUAUUUUGUGAAAGUAGACAAACCAAAAAUAAUUGGUAAUUUCUUCUUUUUUUUUUGGAAUCCCAUUAUAAUGAAGCGUUAAAUUUUUUUUUUCCUCCACUAGCGGUACACCGCCGUCGCGUUUCUGUUGUAGACUAUAUUAUUAUAAUACACCUACCUACCUACUUUCCCAUUUCCACAGAUAACCGUUAUUAUUAUGCUGACUGAUACCAGAAUCGAGCACACAGCACAGUCGUAGUGGUGGCACGGUAUAUAGUGGAGACGCGAGGAAAUUUUUGGAAAAAUAACUGAUCAUCAUCAUCAUCAUCAUGUUUGCCCGAGUAACGUUUUAUCCUACCCUGUUGUACAAUGUGUUUAUGGAAAAAGUCACCCAGCGCAACUGGUACGAUAGGAUUGACGAAAAUGUAAUUUUAGGCGCGUUACCAUUCAGAAACAUGAGUCAGAAACUGGUCGACGAAGAAAACGUAAGGUGUAUAAUUUCUUUGAACGAAUCCUACGAACUGGAACAUUUCACUCCACAGCCUGAAGAAUGGAAGAAAAUGGGAGUGGAACAUUGUCAGUUGAGCACGAGGGACAUAUUUGAAACUCCGUCGCACGACAAGCUCAUCCGUGGCGUUUCGAUUAUAGAAUCGUUUUCAAACGACGGGAAAACCGUUUACGUUCAUUGCAAAGCCGGCAGGACACGCAGUGCCACUCUUGUUGGAUGUUACCUGAUGAAUAAAUACAAUUGGACUCCUCAGCAGGCAAUAGAGAAAAUCGUUUCCAAACGCCCACACAUUUGGUUACGCAGCCAACAGUUGGAAAGCCUCGACAAAUACUAUAACGAUAAAGUCGGAGUAAAUAAGGUCGAUGACGCGCAAAUAUGAUGGAUUUUGUGUUCAAAUGUAAUUUAAAAUAUAACAUUAUAUAGUGACCUAAGACAAUAAAUGUUAAUGACAAUAAUUUUUGUAACUACGUCUCUAUUAAUUUAUAAGGUAAUAAUAAUAUUUAUGUUUAGAUGAAAAUAUUUAUAUAUAUAUAUUGAAAGUUUUUAGAAAAAUCAUAUUAUUUAGUUUAUGUUAAAUUUGUAUACCGAUAGUAGACAAUACUAUACUAACGAGUAACAAUGACCAAUGUUCCUUUUUUUUUUUCCAUCAGUAGUUUCUAUAGUAAGAAUUUGUUUUCAUAUUUUAAAUAACAAUACUAUUGUAUAAUCAUAUGUAUUAUUACAUAGUAGUAAUGGUAACAUUAUUUUAGUAGCAGACAACUAUUGUGUGAGUUAUGCGUAUUCAAUCACGAUGUAAUCAUAUCUUGCCGAAUUUGUUUUGAUCUGUUACGAAUUCCUGCAUUUUUUUUUCUCUUUAUUAUUAUUUGUUUGAGGUAAUAACAAUAAUAAUGUCAAUACUACUGGUUGUGUAUAUUGAAAAAAAAAAAUAAUAAUAAUGAAAUAAGAACAUUGUAAAUACAUCUAUUAAUAUAUAGAUGUUACAUAAUUGUAGGCCUAAAAUUAUGAUUUCUGUUGUAAUAAAUUAGUGACAUUAUAAUAUUAUAUUACUAAUUUGUCUUUGUUUGGAAAGAAAAAAAAAAUUAUACUUAAAAAAAUAGUCGGGUAGGUACGUAAUAUUGUUUUUAGCAUACGAUAUAACCGUUUUCAAUUAACCGUAACAAUAUUAUGUACUUAUUAUUAAUAGUUGAAAUGUCUGAGGAGACAACCUAACUUAAUUUGGACCAAAGCCUCGUUAAUCGAUCAUAAUGUCUAAGAAUUACCAUUUCGUUUGUUAUAUUAUUGUGUUUGAAAUAAAACUAAAAUAUAAUAAUACCUAUAUAUUGUAUAAAAAAAAAAAAACACAAA